AUGUCCACCACAACACACCGAAAAUUCGCAGUACUGCCGGUAGAGGAAUCCACCAAGUCCUCCCGUAAGGCACCUGAAGCCAGCCCAGAGCCCGCCAAGCCCCGGCGCUUCGCGCCAGAACCUGUCGAGCAAACCACCAAGUCCUCCAAAGAUGCAGCACCGCCGUCUUCCAAUGGCGAACACGCGAAGCCUCGACGCUUUGCUCCGGAGCCCAUGGAGCUACCCGAAUCGAAGUCCAAGGCAAGGCGUUUUGCUCCGCAACUGGUUGACGAGUCGAAGAAGAAAUCAUCUGACACCGAAGAAAAGCCCAAGCCACGACGCUUUGCCCCUCAGUUGGUCGAGGAGUCAGAAGAAAAGUCCUCUGACCAGGAUGCGAAGCACAAGCCAAGACGUUUCGCUCCUCAGCUGGUUGACGAGUCUGGGAAAGGAGACAAGAAACAGCACGUCAAGUUCAGUCCCGAGCCUAUCGCCACAACAUACAGCAGUAACAGAAAAGGGAAGCGAGCGGAUCCGGCCUCCAAUGCAGAAGCGCCAAAGGCGCCCCCUCGCAAGUUCACUCCAAUUCUACUCGACACCGCAUCUAGGUCACGGCGUGCUGGUGAUCCAAAUGCACCACUCUCACAGGACUACCGGACGGAGUACGGCUAUCAUGCCCACCCGCACGAGCACUGGAGACGAGUCAACGGAGUAGAAACGCCUGUUGCCACAAGCGAACAAGAAUCAGAUCCCGACGCAAUGGACGUCGACUCCACAUCGUCCGCAUCCAGACCCGGCUCGAAUCGAAGACGAAUGUCUCCUCUAGACGGCAGCGCCCCACCACGAUCAAGCUGUCUCAAACCGGAGCGCGGACAUUCCUUCCGCCUACCCGAUCUGGACACCAUUGAGAGUAGUGAGAGUGAGGAAGAUAGCAUCGUGUCCUCCGUCCCCGCUACUCCUGGUCAUGUUGGCUCACCUCUCACAGUCUCGCCGUCUUACGAGCUGUUCAAGCACGCCACGAGGCGGCGCGAGAGUAUUGAUGAGACCUGGCAGCACUACCUGCUCGAUCUGGAACGAAAGAAGGCGCAGGAGCGGCUCGAGGAGCAGGCACUGGCAGCCUACCCCAACCCGGACUUUGGCUACGAGCAUCCACACCACUACUUCAACGAGGACGAUGACUCCGAAGUAUAUGAGAUCGAAGAGCGCCCUGUCACUUGGGAUGACAACGAAGAUGACAUGUUGGAGAUGGCAAGGCGAGAGAGCACUGCCGUGAUGUCCUGGGAGAAGGGGGAAUUGCAACGGCAUGCCGAGAUCAGGCAGCAAGAGCGUAACGCUGACGCGUCCACCGCAAAGAAGUCUGGCCCGUCACCAUUCGGCAAGUUCGACACUGUCAUGAAAGAUGCAGAGCUAGACGCCGAGCUGAAGUCGAUGCGAGAGCGUGCGAGACCGCCGAUGUUAGGUGCGGACCUCGUCUUCCCGAGAUGUGCAUCACCCGAUCGAGCCCGUUUCGACGUGACUCAGGGCUCGGCCAUCCUCCGAGAUCAAAUGUGUUAUCUCACCGCCGCAGCGGAUGCCGAGCGCCAGCGUACCGGCGAGGAUGAAGGUCUCUGGCGAUCAAGACAGCCCGAGGCUCAACGCGUCAGCACGAUCAAGAGCGUCGCGAGCACAACCUCCUCAUCUUCUAAGGGACUUUGGGGAGGGUUCUGCGUUCACGACGAGAAGAAUGGUCCCGGCCUAUGGGGUUCCGCCACUCCGCCCAAACGACAGGGCUUGGAGACUCCAAGACACGAACUUCCCAAUCCCUUCCAGCUCAAAACCGGAGCAGGCGCCGGCACAAUCACACCACGAACCCCCAUCAGCAGAGACGCCAGCCGUACGAAUCUCCAACAACUGAAUGCCAUCCUCGUGACCGAACACCAAAUCGACACCAUGAUGGAGGACGAGUUUCCCGAUUCCGCCAUCACGCAAAUCUACAACUACCUCUCCCUCGGCUACCCCUCUCUCGCCCGCUCCUUUGACGAAGAGCUCGCCAAAAUCAGCCGCAUCCCAAUCUCAGAGCUACGCCAGGACGAUACGAAAGCUCGCAACGCCCCUAGGGGAUAUAUCCGGCUGGGACAGGAUUUCGAAGGCGGAGGAGGCGAGGGCAUGGUGGAGGAGAGCUGCAUGCGAUGGCGUGCGCUCAAGCGGUAUGUGCGGGAAUGGGCGAAGCAGGAGAAGAACUGGAGUCCCAGUGAAGGAGGACCUUUGGCCAACACUUGGGGCACGGGAGCGCGCAGGGGAAGUUGGGCUAUUUGA